GCUCUCAGACAUUUUCUGGACGUCAGGCUGACAGGAGACACACAGAGGGUCAAACGCAGUCAAAGGAGAUCUGUGUUCAGGCUGACACCAGGAGCUGCUGGAACAUCUCCACUCCAGCCAGGAUCUGGUGUGAGACAUGGAGCAACACUGCCACCUGGUGUGGAAAACAGGGACGACACACGUGUCCAAGAGGAUGCAUCUGAAGGUAAGCAGCCUGUUUUCCUCGCACCGUUCCGUCUGAAUUACCGCAGGUUCUGGCUUCUGUUGGGAAGACGAGCUGAACUGGAAGGAGGUGAACUCCAAACUCAAACCUGAGUGACGUACGGUGAGACAGGAUGAAGAACAAGAGUUGAAAAGGUUCCUCUGGAGGAUCCGCUAAGCUGAGGGUUCAGCAGAGCUGCAGAGCUCUGACUCAGGAGUUCCUGAUUCCUGUUGGAUAAACGUUCCAUUCAUUCCUGAGCCGUCCCGUGUUAUCUGAGCGUCGACCCUGUUUCUGGUCACAGGAUAAUGUAAUUGGCAGCCAGCCCUCACCCAGACCAGGAUGGCUUCUCAUAACGGCCGGGACGAAGGGCGGACUCAGGCUGGAUUUAUUCUCCUGCUCACUCAGAAAUGGGGAGCUUUUCGGGCGGACAUGUUUAGGUUCUUUCAGGGUUCUGGUGAGGAUCGGCCGUUCUGUGUGGAGAUGGGGGCUUCCUUCACCCUCCGCUGCUGUCAGUGCUGUCUGAGAACCAGCAGGGAGGAGAAGAAGGCCAUUCUGCGUUUGAACACAACUUCAGCCUCCAGACGAGCGGAGGAGCUGACCAGCGAGUCCAGCGACAGCGAGGAGGAGAGCCUCUUCGGACCCCCCAGUCUGAAGGACAGCCGUCGGGGCCCGAGGAAGGCCUCGGACUCCCUGGUGGAUUCUUGCAGCAGCCGUGGAUCAGAAAAGGAGCUGCAGGCUUUUCUGAGCCUGCGGGAGGAGGCCGACCAGGCCACAGAGGAGUGGGAGAAGCUGAAUUACGACAUUUACACGUUACGCUGCACCAGGCGAGAAGUUCGAUCUCGAUGGAAGAAGAUCCUGCUCCAGCUGGGUUACGAGUGUGAGGUGGAGUCGCUGCUGGAUGUGAACAAGCAGAGCAGCUUCAGUCCAGACAGAGAGCAUCUGAAAGAAGCCAAGGAGCUGCUGAAGCAGCUGCUGGACCACAGCUUUCUGUUCCCUCCUGGGACUCAGAACCGCAGCAGAUAUCUCCACGUCAUGGACCGCCUGGUGUCUCUGGACAGCGCAGACGACUUCAUCAGGCUGGCCAAGCAGAAAUAUCCCAAGAAGGAAGCCUGAGAGGCAGAAACAGAUGAAUGUCAGGAAUCUGCAGACAGGAGACAGCAGUCAUGAUGGAAGCUUUUCUCUGCUCGCCUCUUAAACUUACAAUUAACUCACAAUUACUAAUGCUCAGUAUGAACUGUCAAUGAGAAGUACUAAGGUUUUUGUUUGAUAUAGAUUUAAAUGCUUUUAUCUUAAUAAACCUAAAAAUCAUAAGGUUCAAAAAAAGAUUUGUUUAUUUUUCUCAAAUAAAUUCAAAUGUCCAAUACUCCUGCAGUAACUGUUGUGCCCAGAAGGUGGCAGCAUACACUCAUGUUCCAAAGAAAUAACAGCAAA